AUGGUGAAACAAUCUCUUGUAUCCCUCGCUGAACACGUCAGCAGAGCUUCAAAGACAAUAAAACCAGUAACACUAGCCUACAAGAACAUGCUAAAGGACCCAUCUACCAAGUACCAUCCAUUCCCAGCCCCAAAGAUAACCAACAGGAAAUGGCCAGACAACACCAUAAAGAAGGCCCCCCGUUGGUUAUCCACAGAUCUAAGAGACGGGAACCAAUCACUACCGGACCCCAUGUCCGUGGAACAAAAGAAGGAAUAUUUCCAUAAAUUGAUCGAUAUCGGUUUCAAAGAAAUUGAAGUCUCGUUCCCCUCUGCUUCACAAACAGAUUUCGAUUUCACAAGGUAUGCCGUCGAGAAUGCCCCAGAUGACGUUAGUAUUCAAUGUCUAGUGCAAUCUCGUGAACAUCUAAUUAAGAGAACUGUCGAAUCAUUGACGGGCGCCAAGAGAGCCACUAUCCAUACAUAUUUGGCUACAAGUGACAUGUUCAGAGAUAUAGUCUUUAAUAUGUCACAAGAGGAAGCCAUUCAAAAGGCUGUCGAGGCAACCAAAUUGGUGAGAAAAUUGACUAAGGAUGAUCCAACACAACAAGCCACCAGAUGGUCGUAUGAAUUCUCUCCAGAAUGUUUCAGUGAUACACCAGGUGACUUUGCUGUACAAAUCUGUGAAGCCGUCAAGGAAGCUUGGGGGCCCACAGUCGAUAACCCAAUUAUCUUCAACUUACCCGCUACCGUAGAAGUGGCCACUCCAAAUGUUUAUGCUGAUCAAAUUGAAUAUUUCGCUACCCAUAUCUCUGAACGUGAAAAAGUCUGUAUCUCCACUCACACACAUAAUGAUCGUGGUUGUGGUGUAGCUGCUUCUGAAUUAGGUUUAUUGGCAGGCGCAGACCGUGUGGAAGGUUGUAUCUUUGGUAAUGGGGAACGUACGGGGAAUGUCGAUUUGGUUACCGUUGCAUUGAACAUGUACACACAAGGUGUUUCCCCCAAUUUGGAUUUAUCAGAUAUAAGAUCAGUCAUUGAAGUUGUUGAACGUUGUAAUAAGAUUCCCGUCCCACAAAGAGCACCAUACGGUGGUGAUUUGGUCGUUUGUGCCUUCUCUGGUUCUCAUCAAGAUGCCAUUAAGAAGGGUUUCUCCCUACAAGAAAAGAGACGUGCUAAGGGUGAAACUCAAUGGAGAAUCCCAUAUUUACCAUUGGAUCCAAAGGAUAUUGGACGUGAUUAUGAAGCUGUCAUUAGAGUUAAUUCUCAAUCUGGUAAGGGUGGUGCCGCUUGGAUCAUCCUAAGAUCCCUAGGUUUGGACGUUCCAAGAAAUAUGCAAAUUCAAUUCUCCACUACGGUACAAGAUAACGCCGACAGUGUUGGAAGAGAAUUGAAGGCUGACGAAAUCACAAACUUGUUCAAGAAGACUUACAAUUUCAAUAACGAACAAUACAAAUCUGUCUCUCUGAUCGAUUAUGACGUGCAAAAGGUUAACAACGAAUUAAGAUCUUUGACAGGUAAAGUAGAAAUUAACGGUAAGGUGGUAGAAAUUCAAGGUAAUGGUAAUGGUCCAAUUUCAUCCAUGGUCGAUGCCUUAUCCAACUUGUUGAACGUCAAAUUAGCUGUUGAAAACUAUACUGAACACGCCUUGGGUUCCGGUUCUUCUACUCAAGCUGCUUCUUACAUCCAAAUUCGUUAUAGAACAAAUGAAUCUUCCGAUGAAGUCAGCUACCAAUGGGGUAUCGGUGUCUCAGAAGAUGUGGGUGAUGCCUCCGUGAGAGCUAUUCUAUCUACUGUGAAUAGUAUUAUUCACAACGGUGGCAUUGAAUUACCAUCCAACUGA